ACUCAACAUCUGCCUGAGAAUGGCAGAAUCAGUCGCAGCUAUGGACUUUGACGAGAUACUCAGUCAAAUUGGCGAGUUCGGACGGUAUCAGAGAGUCAACUAUUUGCUCAUCUGUCUGCCGGUGCUCUUUGCGGCCGCGAAUAGUCUGUCGUAUGUAUUUACGGCCGGCACACCAAAAUAUCGCUGCCACAUUGAAGAAUGUGAGCCAAACAAGCAGCUCUACUACCAGACCGAUUGGCUGGACGUUGCCAUACCAGGCACAAGGGACAAACACGGCCACUUUACGCCACAUGACCCAUGCCUUCGCUUUGCCGCUAACGAAAGCCACUUGGAUCAGUGGGACACUUGCAACGCCUCAUUGUUUCUACCAAAGCAGACGCAGCGUUGCCAGCAGUUCGUUUACGAGACGGGUGAGUAUACCAUUGUCCAGGAUUGGCAGCUGACAUGCAAGGAGAAUGCCUGGAAGUUGGCUUUCGUCGGCACCACACACUUUGCCGGACUGGUGAUUGGCACCGCGCUCUUUGGCUAUCUGGCUGAUCGUUUCGGGCGUAAACUUAUCUUUCUCUUCUGCACCAUUUUUAUGGGCUUGACAGGCAUUGGCCAGGCGCUCGCUUGGGACUAUUCGAGUUUUCUGGCCUUUGCUCUGCUUAAUGCCGUGGGCACAUCCGGCGUCUACCCGCUGGCCUUCAUCAUAGGCGUGGAAAUGGUGGGACCACGCAAGCGUGAAAUGACCUCCAUUGUGCUCAACUAUUUCUAUGCGGUGGGCGAGGCGCUCUUGGGACUAGCUGCCUGGUUGCUAUCCAACUGGCAGAUACUGCAGUAUGCGCUCUCUAUACCGCCGCUCUUCUUUGUCGUUUACUUCUGGCUGGUGCCGGAGUCGGUGCGCUGGCUGCUGGCACGCAACGAGCACGUUAAGGCGGGCAACAUUAUCCGGCGAGCGGCGCACGUCAAUCAGCGCGAGCUUUCCCUGGAACUGAUGGCCAGUUUAAAGCAGCAGCAGCUCGAUGCUACGGACAACAGUUCCGACAAGCAGGAACAAUUGCAGAAACGGCAGCAGCAACGCGAGAUAUGGCCAUCCGUGAAGCAGGUGUUUGGUUCCAAAAAGCUGAUUGGACGCUACAUUAUCCUGCUGUUUAUAUGGGCGGUCAAUGCAAUCGUCUUCUAUGGACUGUCACUGAACUCGACCAACCUCAGUGGCAACAAAUACUUAAACUUCGCACUAGUCUGCCUGAUCGAAAUACCCGGCUAUAGCUUGGCCUGGUUGUGUCUACGUAAACUCGGACGUCGUCUGGCUCUGUCUGGUUCGCUGCUGCUCUGCGCCGUCACGUGCGCAGCCAGCGGCUACUUGACAACGGGCGCCAACUGGCUGAUCGUAACUCUAUUUUUGAUGGGCAAACUGGGCAUUACCUCGUCAUUUGCCGUCAUUUAUACGUAUACGGCGGAAAUGAUGCCUACGGUCAUACGCAGCGGAGGCGUUGGAGUGAUGUCAACGUUUGCACGUUUUGGUGCCAUGCUGGCGCCCUUUGUGCCUUUGUUGGGCAGCUACUACGAGCCAUUACCUCUGCUAUUAUUCGGAGCUAUUUCAAUGCUCGCAGGACUCUUAUCGCUGUUGCUGCCAGAAACCUUUCACAAGAAGCUGCCCGAUACGGUCGCAGAGGCGAUCGCCUUGGGUAGCAGGACGCGUUCCACACUAAAUACGAACGACAAUUCGUUAUCCUCAAACGAACAACCGCACGAUUCCAUAAUUGGAUGAGGCUUAUUUUAGAGAAAAUAUUAUCUCAUUUAGUACAAAGCACUAGUAGAAAUUGUAGACUUGUUUUUUAUUUUAUGU